AACAAUUAAAUUAUAUGAAAAGAAAAAAUAGAGGUGUAAAAGAAUUACCCCAAAUUUUUGUCGAUGGCGAAUAUAAAGGACUUACGAAAGAACUUGAACAAGCUGUUGAAAUGAGAGAAGUAAAAGAAUUUUUGGGUUUGGAUUAA